AUGUCUACAGCAUACUCUGUUCAUUCACCAGGUUCAUAUAUGCAGGCCAUGGAUACCAUGGUACAAGCCUCCGCUAAUUUUGUUUUAUCAGAAAAGGAUCUAAUUCCGUCAUCCAUCUCUGAUUUACCUACAGAAAUGGAUCCUGAAACCAACACUGAUACAAAAGUAAAAUUGGCUGUGGUAUCUAAUGAUAGAAAUGAUUGGGACGAUAUUUUUGAUCAAUUUAACGAUUUGUCAUUUACUAAAUUAGAUGAAAUUAUUGCACACAGCUCUUCGAACCCAGUAUCUUUUCAUGACUCAUUAUACGACGAAGUUUCCCAAAAAAUUAAAGAAAUAGCCAAGAAUAAAGGUGAUAUAUCAGGAAAUGACUUUUUAGAAAGUAUUAUGCAAAUUUUAAAAACCGAACACGAAGAGUCUGCUCUACAAUCGUUCCUUUUUGAUAUAUUAGGAUUUGAACAUUUUGACUUAAUCACAACUAUCAUUCAAGAUAGAAGUCUCAUUGUUGAACAAGCAUUUGCCAAUACCAAAGAGGUUGAACAUGAUGAAGUAUUUUUGACUGAAAAUGAUAUUGCGAAUCAGGUCAAAAGAAACAGGUUUUUAAGCCAAAAUGAAGUUUUGGAUAAACAACAAAAACAGGUUAAAUAUCCUCAUGUUUUCCGCACUUAUGAAGCUGGUAAUACUCUUUCAAUGACUGGUCAAAAAUUUACUUUGCCCGUUGGCACUACUAGAGAAUCUUUUAAUACCCAUGAAGAAAUUACAAUCCCACAUUCCAAACGGAGGUUCAAAAAACUUAAUGAAAAGCUUGUUGAUAUCAGUGAUCUGGAUUUUUUUUGUCAAGGUACUUUUAAAAAUUAUAAAACUUUAAAUAGGAUGCAAUCUUUGGUCUAUCCUGUAGCUUAUAACACUAACGAAAACAUGUUAGUUUGUGCACCUACAGGUGCCGGUAAAACAGACGUUGCACUAUUGACUAUCUUGCAUACUAUACAGCAAUAUGCCCAAGAGACUUCUGAAGAGGUGGAUAUUGAUUACGAUGAAUUCAAAAUUGUCUAUGUUGCUCCGUUAAAGGCCUUGGCGGCAGAAAUUGUUGAAAAGUUUUCCAAGAAAUUAGGGUGGCUAGGCAUUCAAGUCCGUGAAUUAACAGGUGAUAUGCAAUUGACUAAAGCUGAGAUUAUGGAAACGCAAAUUAUUGUCACUACUCCAGAAAAAUGGGAUGUUGUUACUCGUAAAGCUAGUGGCGAUAAUGAUUUAGUAUCCAAGGUUAAAUUGCUAAUCAUUGAUGAAGUUCAUUUGCUACACGAAGAUAGAGGUUCUGUUAUUGAAACAUUAGUUGCGAGAACUUUGAGGCAAGUUGAGAGUUCCCAGUCUAUGAUCAGAAUUCUUGGUUUAUCUGCAACAUUGCCAAAUUUUAUCGAUGUUGCAGAUUUUUUGGGCGUAAAUAGACAAAUUGGCAUGUUUUAUUUUGAUCAAAGUUUCCGUCCUGUUCCAUUAGAGCAAGUAUUAAUUGGUUGCAAGGGUAAAGCAGGCAGCAAACAGGCAAGGGAUAAUAUUGAUCUGGUUUCGUACCAGAAACUUUUGGAAAAUAUCAGAGAAGGACACCAAGUUAUGGUUUUCGUACAUUCGCGUAAAGAUACUGUCAAAACUAGUCGGACUUACAUCACAAUGGCCGGUAAAGAAUCACAACUAUCUUUAUUUGACUGCCAUGACAACGAUUCCUACGAUAGGUUUGCAAAAGAAAUGACUAACAAUAGAAGCUCUGAUUUAAAAGAGUUGUUUCAAUAUGGGUUUGGUACGCACCAUGCCGGUAUGUCGAGGUCUGAUCGUAACUUAACAGAAAAGAUGUUUACCAGCGGUGCUAUUAAAGUGUUGUGCUGUACAGCUACUUUAGCUUGGGGUGUUAAUUUACCAGCAGCUGUUGUUAUUGUCAAGGGUACUCAAGUUUAUGAUGCUAAAAAGGGUGGGUUCAUUGACUUGGGUAUUUCAGAUGUUAUUCAAAUUUUUGGGCGUGCUGGUAGACCACAAUUUGAGAAAUUCGGUACAGGUAUUUUGUGUACCACCAGUGAUCGGUUGGAUCAUUAUGUUUCCUUAAUUACUCAGCAACAUCCUAUUGAAUCCAAGUUUUCUGCAAAACUUGUUGAUAAUUUGAAUGCUGAAAUAUCAUUGGGCACGGUGACUAAUGUGGAAGAAGCUAUCACAUGGCUAGGUUAUACAUAUUUAUUUGUUCGAAUGAAGCAAAACCCUUUCACCUAUGGUCUAUCUUGGGAAGAUGUUAAAAACGAUCCUCAAUUGUACGAUGUUAGAAGAAAUAUGGUUAUCAAAGAGGCUCGGAAAUUGCAUAUGUUACAAAUGAUUGUUUUUGAUGAAAUAUCCAUGCAUUUUAUUCCAAAAGAUUUGGGAAGAAUUGCUUCUGACUUUUAUUUGCUAAAUGAAAGUGUUGAGAUUUUUAAUCAGAUGCUAAAUCCAAGAGCUACAGAAGCAGAUGUUUUGUCGAUGAUCAGUAUGAGUAGUGAAUUUGAUUCCAUUAAAUAUAGGGAGGAGGAAUCUGUUGAACUAUUAAAAUUGCUAGAUGAUAGCGUUCAAUGUCAGAUUGGUGGUGAAGUGGAAACUGCUCAAGGUAAAACGAACAUUUUAUUGCAGGCUUAUAUUUCUCAGGCCCGUAUUAACGACUCUGCUUUAGCUUCAGAUUCGAACUAUAUUGCUCAAAACUCUGUUAGGAUCUGCAGAGCCUUGUUUUUAAUAGGUAUCAAUAGAAGAUGGGGGAGGUUUUGCAAGGCGAUGUUAGAUAUAUGUAAAUCCAUUGAAAAGCGUAUUUGGGCAUUUGAUCAUCCCUUGAGCCAGUUUGGAUUACCGUCUCAUAUUUUGCAAAAAAUCAGGGAGAAAAUGCCAAGUGUUGAUACGUUAUUGGAUAUGGAACCUGCGGAAUUGGGUGAAUUGGUUCAUAACAAAAAAUUUGGGCCCAAACUGUUCAGGAUCUUGUCAUUAUUUCCCAAGAUUGAUAUCCAAGCUGAAAUUUUCCCGAUCACUAGUAAUGUUGUUAGAAUACAUGCGUCUUUGGAAUCCAAUUUUAAGUGGGAUCACAAAUAUCAUGGUGAAGCACAGUUUUUUUGGGUCUUUGUAGAAGAAUCUGAUAAAUCACAAAUUUUGCAUUGUGAAAAAUUCAUUUUAAAUAGAAGAAAAUUGAACCAUCCUCAUGAAAUGGAUUUUAUGAUUCCACUAUCGGAUCCCUUGCCACCACAGGUUGUAAUUAAGGUUGUUAGUGAUACUUGGAUUGGUUGUGAAAGUACGUUUGCCAUUUCCUUUCAACAUUUGAUUAGACCACAUAAUGAGACUUUGCAGACAAGAUUGUUGAAAUUGAACCCAUUGCCAACAAGUGCUUUACAUAAUGAGUUGGUUGAAUCUAUCUAUCCGUUUAAGUACUUCAAUCCAAUGCAAACUAUGGUUUUCCACACAUUGUAUAAUAGUAACGAGAGUUGUUUUGUUGGGUCGCCCACAGGCUCUGGUAAGACUGUAGUUGCCGAACUAGCGAUAUGGCAUGCGUUUAAAGAAUUUCCAGGUUCUAAAAUUGUUUAUAUUGCACCAAUGAAGGCUUUAGUUAGGGAAAGAGUGAAUGAUUGGUCUAAACGUAUCACACCUGUUACAGGUGAUAGAGUUGUUGAAUUGACAGGUGAUUCCAUACCAGAUCCUAAAGAUGUUAGAGAUGCCACUAUUGUUAUUACCACGCCUGAAAAAUUUGAUGGUAUUUCACGUAAUUGGCAAACACGUAAAUUUGUUCAAAACGUUUCUUUGGUUAUUAUGGAUGAGAUUCAUUUGUUGGCAAGCGAUAGAGGGCCGAUUUUGGAAAUGAUUGUUAGUCGUAUGAACUAUAUUUCUUCACAAACAAGUAAGCCGGUCAGGUUGUUGGGUAUGUCUACUGCUGUUUCCAAUGCAUAUGAUAUGGCUAGUUGGUUGGGAUGCAAAAACAAUGGGUUGUACAAUUUUCCAUCCAGUGUUCGUCCGGUUCCUUUGAAGAUGUAUAUUGAUGGAUUUCCAGACAAUUUAGCAUUUUGUCCACUAAUGAAAACAAUGAAUAAACCUGCAUUUUUGGCGAUAAAGCAACAUUCCCCGGAAAAACCUGUUUUGAUAUUUGUGGCUUCCCGUAGGCAAACUAGAUUAACUGCAUUAGACCUGAUUCACUUAUGUGGUGUUGAAGAAAAUCCACGUAGGUUCUUAAAUAUUGAUGAUGAGGAAGAAUUACAAUAUUAUUUAUCACAGGUAACUGAUGAAACUUUGAGAUUAGCGUUACAAUUUGGUAUAGGUUUGCAUCAUGCUGGUUUGGUUGAAAAGGAUCGUUCUAUUUCACAUGAAUUAUUUUUAAACGGUAAAAUACAAAUUUUAGUGGCCACAUCCACAUUGGCCUGGGGUGUCAAUUUACCGGCACAUUUAGUUAUUAUCAAAGGUACCCAAUUUUUUGAUGCCAAAAUUGAAGCUUACAGAGACAUGGAUUUGACUGAUAUUUUACAAAUGAUGGGUAGAGCUGGUAGACCUUCCUAUGAUACAUCUGGUACAGCUAUUGUUUAUACAAAGGAGGCAAAAAAGAUGUUUUAUAAACAUUUUUUAAAUGUUGGUUUCCCCGUAGAGUCUUCUUUGCACAAAGUUUUAGACGACCAUUUGGGUGCAGAAAUAGCCUCUGGGUCGAUUGGUACUAAACAGGAUGCCAUGGAUUUCUUAAAGUGGACAUUUUUAUACAGAAGAGCAUAUCAUAAUCCGACAUAUUAUUCUGUUGAGGGUGACUUGUCUGAAGUGGGAGUUAAUAAAUAUUUGAGUGAAUUAAUCGAUAGUACUAUUCAAAAUUUAGUUGACAGUGAGUGUUGUAUGUUGAAGGGUGAGAAUAAUGAUGAAAUUGAGGCCACGCCCUUUUUAAGCAUCUCUUCCUAUUAUUAUAUUUCACACAAAACCAUUAGAGGAUUGCUAAGGCGUAUAAACAAAAAUGCUACAUUUCAAGAUGUGUUAAAAUGGUUGAGUUUAGCUAUAGAAUAUAAUGAGCUUCCGGUUAGACAUGGGGAGGUAAUUAUGAAUGUAGAGAUGUCAGCCAAAUCUAGAUAUUCUAUUGAGCAAACUUUCUUUGAUGAGGACGAAUUACCCACAUGGGAUCCACAUGUUAAAGCAUUUUUAUUAUUGCAAGCUUACUUAAGCCGUGUAGAGCUUCCCAUUGCAGAUUAUCAUCAAGAUACUAUAUCUGUAUUGGAUCAAUCCUUGCGUAUUUUGCAAGCUUAUAUUGAUGUUGCUAGUGAAAUGGGGUACUUGCACACUGUAAGAACUAUUAUUAGAGUUAUGCAGUGUAUCAAACAAGGAUGCUGGUACGAUGAUGAUUUUGUAUCCACCUUACCUGGUAUGACGUUGCGUAGAUUUGAGGACAUGAGUUAUGAUGAGCAUGGUAUGUUAGUUGCGACUGAAACCACAGUUGCAAAGCACAUAAACACAGAUGCUAUUGGGAGGAUGGGUUUCAAAAAAUUGGAAAGUUUAUGCAAUAGCUGGGGGGUAGAAGACAGUUUGAGGAAGAAAUUUAUUAGUGUUGCAAUGAGAUUACCAGUUUUAGAUUGUAUUAAAUUCCAAGAACAAGAAGCUAAUGACAAAUUGACGUUAUUGGCAAAACAUAGAAAUAGCAAACAUGAAAAAGAGUUUGCGGUUUACUGCGAUAAAUUUCCCAAAUUACAGAAAGAAUUGUGGUUCCUAAUUGGUUAUAAGAACGAUGAAUUGAUGAUAAUUAAAAGAUGUCAACCUAAAAAGAUUAAAAGUAGCAAUGAAGCUGUAAUCAUCUGUGAUCUUUUAAUUCCACAAGAACUACAAGGAGAAAAAUUGAGUUUUACAUUGAUUAGUGAUGCACUCGAUAUAUCUUAUGAGUUGAAACAUGAGCUUAUAGAUUGA